CACACAUCCACAAAAACUCAAUGGAGUAUUAUACAACUUUCUUUGUCUUCUUAUCUUUCGCAUUCAUCUAUACCCUCACUAUCUCCGGCCGCCGCAACUCACGGCUGCCGCCGGGACCUUACCCUUUUCCGAUCAUCGGAAACCUACUACAAGUUGGCAACAAACCCCAUCACUCUCUUGCCAUACUCUCAAAACGUUACGGUCCAUUCAUGUCACUCAUGCUCGGAAGCAAAACCACCAUCGUCAUUUCAUCACCCGAUAUGGCGAAAGAGUUCUUUCACACAAAUGACCAAUCGUUCUCCGGUCGAUUUAUCACCGAGGCCAUCCGAGCGGUGGACCACGCUAAAUUCUCUCUAGUGUUUUCGCAGGCCGGAGAUCAGUGGCGAAGAUUACGAAGAAUAACCAAAGAAUAUAUGUUCUCCGUGCGAUGUCUAGACAAUAGUGAACUCCUACGUCAAGAGAAGGUACGGGAACUUCUUGACCAUGUCAAUCGAUGUUCUACAGAUGAAAAGGCAGUUAACAUAGGUGCAGCUACGUUUACCACAAUUCUUAAUAUCUUCUCCACCUUCAUUUUCUCUUUGGAUUUCUCUCAAUACGAUUCUGUGUCAUCACAAGAAUUCAAGGAUACGGUAUGGGCUUUGAUGGAAUAUUCCGGGAAGGCAAAUCUAGCAGACUUUUUUCCAAUACUUAAACCAUUGGAUCCACAAGGCAUCGUACGAGAUGGAAGCGUUCAUAUGAAGAAAUUACUGGCUAUUUUCAGUAAGCUCAUAGAUCAACGUUUGCAAACCAAAUUGAGUUCGUCAUCAUACGAUGGUGUUUUAUCUACAGACAAUGAUGUUUUGGACGUGUUGCUCAACCUUAAGCACAAGAAUGAAUCCGAAUUUAGUCAAGAUCUCUUGGGACAUUUCUUUGUGGAUUUAUUUGUUGCGGGAACUGACACAACAUCGAGCACUGUAGAAUGGGCGAUGACUGAACUCAUUCGUAACCCAGAUAAAAUGGCAACUGCACGAUCAGAGCUUGUUAAACUCAUGCAAUACGACAAAAGGAGUCUAGAAGAACGAGAUAUCACUCAACUUCCUUAUUUAAGAGCUGUUAUAAAAGAAACUUUUCGAUUGCAUCCUCCGGUCCCUUUUCUUGUCCCUCACGAGGCCAUACAUGACGUAGAAGUCCAUGGCUUUGUCGUUCCUAAAAAUGCACAAAUCCUUUGUAACGUUUGGGCAAUGGGGCGAGAUCCAAACAUUUGGUCUGACCCAGAAACAUUCAUGCCCGAGAGGUUUUUGGAUGUUGAGAUCGACUAUAAAGGCCAAGAUUUUGACCUCAUUCCGUUUGGUACUGGGAGGAGAAUUUGCCCGGGAUUGAAUAUUGCACAUAGAAUGUUACAUAUUAUAUUGGGAUCUUUGAUUCACAAGUUCGAUUGGAAGCUUGAAGGAGAUAUGAGAGCACAAGAUAUCGACAUGGGGGAGAAGUUUGGGAUCACGUUGCAAAAAAUUAUACCGCUCAUGGCCAUACCGAUCAAACUUUGACGGGUUUCGAAUCACUGUGUUUUUUGUAUAUUAAAUUUACAAAUUAUUUGUAAUAUUUUUACCCCGACUUUUUAUCUUUGACGGGUCGGGCUUUGCUCACGGGCUAGCGGGCUUUAAAA